UCAUUCAGCACUAUCAGUCCGUGCCUUGGUCCCAAGCAGAACGGACGCUGGAAAAAUAAAUUGGCCAAGGACUCGGUCAGGACCAAGUAAACCGUCGGAACCGCACAGACCGAUCCAGGGUCCGUUUCGGCCAGCGGAGCCGCUCCGGAUCCAUGGCCUGAUUUCUACCGGCGACGGGUCCGUUGCCGCAGAAGCCUUCGAGAUGCUCCGAGUUUUCUGCAGCUGCACAAUAUCACCGUUACAGAUACCGGCCCGGGGACGCAGCUAUGCUUUUCAGACGGAGAGCCAGGAUGUUACGAUGGCUGGUGUGUGGCCGGCUGGGUCCUGUGUGGAUGUGGAAAGCGCUGCUGCUCUUCGUGGCUAUUGCCUUUGCCAGCCAGCUGCUGGGGGUCAUCUUCAGCAAGAGCAGUGUCCAGCCUCGUUCCAUCUUCUCAUCCCCUGACGCCCAGGGACCCUCCCUUGGCCCCUGCCAGCCCCACACCCACAUCAUGUUCCUCAAGACCCACAAGACGGCCAGCAGCACCGUGCUUAACAUGCUGUACCGCUUUGGGGAGGAGCGUAAUCUCAUGUUUGCCCUGCCUAUGGGUUACCAGCUGGGGUAUCCACUGCCCUUCAACGCUCACAGGGUUAAAGGCUACCGCGGCCCGAGAGUCGCAGACUUCCAUAUCAUGGGCAACCACAUGAGAUUCAACAAACCCGAGGUGGAGAAGGUCAUGCCAGCAGACACGUUCUACUUUUCCAUCGUCAGAGACCCAGUGGCUCUGACUGAAUCAUCCUUUGCCUAUUACAAAGAAGUAGCGCCUGCCUUUCGAAAAGCAAAAAGCUUGGGCGACUUUGCCGAUGACCCCAAGAAAUAUUAUGACCCCCGUCUCCGCAACAACCACUACGCCCGCAACCUGCUGUGGUAUGACUUUGGUAUGGACCACAAUGCUAACUACUCUAUUCCGCUGGCUCAGCAUGGCGAGGACAUGAUCCGUCGUACCUUCAAACUGAUUCUGGUGUCUGAGUACUUUGACCAGUCCAUGAUCCUGCUGAGACACGCCCUUUGCUGGCCGCUGGAUGCCGUCGUGUCAUUUAGCCUCAACGCUCGGCAGCAGAAGCCCAGCAGCAUUGGAGGGCUGAGUGGGAGCUGGGUAAACAAAGCUGCUGCAGCAGCUGGUGUCAGUGUCAGAGCUGGACAUUCCCAAGCCAAGACAGCUCCCAAUCUGUCAUUAACGGAGGAACAGCGGGAGAAGCUCCGGCAAUGGAACGCUUUAGACUGGCACCUAUACAAAGCCUUCAACAGGUCCUUCUGGGAGGAGAUUAACAGGUUCGGUCACACCCUGAUGGAGCAGGAAGUAGCUCUUCUUAGGACGAGGCGGGAAGUUCUGGCCCAGGUUUGUCUCCGGGAUGGCGGGAAACCUGUGGAGUCUCACCGAAUUCGAGACAAAAACAUCCGACCAUUCCAGAGUGGGUUAGUUAAAAUUCUUGGCUACGAGCUCCAACCAGGGUUAGACAACGCCACCAGGACAGCUUGUCUGCGGAUGAUUAGGCCUGAGAUCCAAUACAAAGAUCUGCUGGAUGCAAAACAGUUUCCAAGAGCUACAGUGAUUCACGCUCAGCCAGGACAACAGAACCAGGGACUAAUAGUCGCAGCCGGUGGGUCUUUGUUGAGACAAGACUUGUCCAGGACAGGAGACAGGCUUGUGGGUGGAGAACCUGGAGGAAGGACGGUUGAGGAGGGAGAGAGAGACUGGGAUGGAAGUCGUUUAAUGAGGAGCAACCAGACUUUGACGCAAGGAAAACAUAAAGGAAGGUUGAGAUAGUCUGAGGUGAGUGUACUUCCUAAACAUGGUACCUUUAGUCUUUGAACAAAUGGACAAAGUAAAUACUGAGCCAAGUGCAGUUUACACUUUUCCUUUGCACUUCCACUUUUUGGUCUUUUGGCCUAUUUCCUAAAAGCUGGAUCUGACCUUUGACCUCGAAGGACCUGAUUCGAUGGCUUCAGUAACAAGAUGAACAAGGCUUUUGAAUUCUAUCGUCUGAAAGCAUCGACCGGUCUUUGUCAUGCUGUCCAAAGUGACAGCCGUCACAAGAUCACUUGUUCUGUCCGAUCUUUAUACAUUGAAAGGUUCUGAUUUUUCACGGUGAACUUUCCAGCCAUGGACGUGCUUGAAGUUUUGCAAGUUUGUGCCUGUCAUGCAGCACCUUUUACGUGGUUUUGAGAGUUUAGCAGAACAACACCUGGUGAUCUCUGAACGCGUAUACUGGUAUUUCUAGAGGGAAGAAACUCUAGAUCGAAAACCAUUGCAUCUAAAAAGGAGCCUGUAGGCCAAAGUUUCUCAACAAAAAAAUUGACAGUCAAUAGAAACGUAACGGUUACAAAAAGUGUACAAAAACAUUUAUUGUUCAUCAUACAUUCAUUUGUUGAUGUUACUUUAAAUUGCUAUUUACAUUGUAUAUAAAUUACAGUGUUUUUUCAUCUAUCUGAACUUACUUGUAUUUAAGAAGUGAUAGUUUCAGAGAUCACUGGGUAUCUUUCAGAAAUGUUCUGGCUUGAAGUGAGUAAAACACAAGCUAGGGUUAGAGUGUGUUUACAGCACUACAGUAGUUUCUUUAUUAUCUCUUGCUGAUGGUUUGUAAAGUCAGCAUUUGCUGCUUUUUGUUAGCCAAGAUAAAGAAAUACGAUACAUGGAUCCGUCUUGGAAGCAUUUCUAGCUCAGCCUCAGAGCUGGCCUCUUCUAGAACCACUACCCCGAGCAGCGUCUUUAGCAACGUCUUAGUAAUGUAAAACAGGGAAGCCAAUCUGAGGCCUGUGCUUCCACUCUGAGGCUGCUUAAUGUCACCAUUUUGGCACAUCCCUUCCUUCCACGAUAUUCUAAUGUCAAGGGAACUGACCCACCAUCUGGUACAUGUGUUUUUUUGAAUGCAUGACAGUGUUCUUAGCUCAGUCAGCAGGUACUUGGGAGAUUCCAGAAUGCCUGUAGCAUUACAUCUAAACAAAGCUUCUCUACGUUCUAGCUGAAAUGGUUGGCAUUCCAAAAAUAUUUGAGUGAUGCUCAGGAGUUUACCCAGCCACUAACUUCCAAAUCAAUAGAAAUGGGACUUUUUUGUACAGUUGUGAAAUGACCCGUGAUGGCUGGAAUGUUGUCUCGCGGUCUCGGGCUGGUGAAGCUCGAAGUCCUUCCGCUUUGACAGUUGAAACCCUUCACUCCCAUUAGCUGUGUUAAUCCCAGUGCUGCUUUGUGUGCAUGGUACAGUGCUUGUCCACAGCCUGCUGCUUCCUCAUCACAGUGAGCACAGUACUGUAUGUCGUUAACACGCUGCAUGAAGGUUCACAGUAAACGGGCUCCAGUCACCACUGUUCUAACCAAACGCACACCUCCGUCCGUCAGUCAGGCUCGUAUGAUGGGCACCUUUAGUCGACGGCAAAAGCACGUCUUCUUGGGAACAUGGGUCACUAUGGUGUAGUCACAAGCAGCUCUGCUAGUGCUUUAUGAACCUCUGAGCACACAUCAGCGCUAGAGGUGUGAGGGGAGGCCCAGAUGGCACUGUAAUUAGCAGAGGUUUCACAGUAGUUGGUUCAUCUCUUUGUAGUGGGGACACUAGUUAUGGGUGUGUGCAUUCAAAGAUACUCUGGACAAGAAUUAAGUCAAUUUCAGUAAAGGUCACUCUGUUUUUCACAUGAUGGGAACUAGGUCCUUAUUAUGGGCUGGUUCGUGUUUAAGUGUAUGUGUGUAGGUUCCCUCGGAAGUUGCUUCUAUGAAACAUUACACAGACCGUUUAAUAAAGUGUCUUGAUGAGUAGCCAUUCUCUUGUUAGCUUGUGUUGGUGCUGUGAAAGAAAAGCAGACGACGCACAGGAAAUUUGUGUUGACACCAGACAUGAGUGCGUCUGACUCUCAAAGCGAGACAUCUGUGAGUUGUGGUUUUUCUCCACUCACAUUUUAGCACAGCUCAGUCCUUCCUGUGGCAUCAAAUCAUGUGACGUUUAAAUAGAACCAGUAUUAUGCUGACUGUUUAAAAACACCAGAAUUAAAUCCUGAGGCAUCCAGCCGACUGUCUAGGCAGGUUCCCAUGAUGAAGACGUUGAUUCCACUCAUUGUCUUUGCCCUGUUGUAUUUUGAUUGUACUUUGUCCUGACCUACAGUUGGUUCAACAAAGUCCCAUCUGAACUGUACAUCCACCGAGUAUCAGCACAGGCUGUCUAGUACCCUGAUCCAUGUCUGGGCGGAUUCCCCGUGGACAUCUGCCAACUGAUCAGGAACACGCCCAGAUAGUCAGGAAUGCACACACCUUCAGCUUCAGUGUGAAUUGGAGCAUUGCCUAAAAUAAAAUGGUAAUUUAGUGUUCCCGGAACAGUUACUUCCCGAAUAACUUGUUUAUCAAACAAGAUAAUUUACUGAAAAUGUUCCCUUUAAUAUUUCAGCAGAGUUCAAAAGAAAUUUGACAAACUGCUCGUCUGUUAAGCAGCCGUGAACCGUGGCUGUUGAGAUAAAGCUCUCAUUUACAGACGCUCUUAACCUGCCAAACUGCCAAAGCACGGCAUCUUCACACGCAUGUAUGGAAUGCAGGUCUGGGAACGAGCUCGGAGUGUACUGGAGCCUCGAUUGUGUUUGCCUCAAAGAUUUUACAUGAAGCAUCUGACCCAGAACAGACCCAAACAAAAAGUUCCGCCGCCGAACAGUGGGCUGCAUUCAGCAAACAGUCCAGCGUUAGCGGUGUCUCCUUACAGCUCUGGGCCUUCUGGGGGGAUCGGGUGCUCUGCAUUGUGCUUGAUUGGCUACCGCCUCUGUUCCAUCUAGUGAAAAGAUGGUUGCCGGUCAGUUUUCCAAGCCCUAGCCAUUCGGGUCGAUGCUGUAACGCGGUUUUCACCUAAAUUGCUUUUAAUAUUUCAGUCAUGCACUGUAAAUUUUGAAACAGUCUAAAGUAGUUUGAAAGACUGAUCUCAACAUUAGUAUUGGGUCAUUGGAACCUCCUUGACUAAUAGGCCUGUGGAUUGUUGGUGGAUUGGAUCAAACCAACCUACAGACGGUGUCUUUUUACAGUCAGCCAAUUCCUUGACUCACGUCACAGUGCAGUGGGUGCUUUAAAAAAAACACACACAGACUACACAGUUGAUCUAUAAACAGCUCCACAGACUAAUGAGGGCAACUUACUUUCACCGUGUUGGAGGUCAAAUGCGGGACCUUAAACGUCUUAUAUUAUAAACAAACGGAAUAGUCCAGACUCAGUUUAGUCAUUAUUGAUGCUGCAGAUAACUGCAAGCUACACUGCUGUGUUUGUCCUGCUCGAUGCCUCGUUUUCAGUUGACAGGAUGAUGUUGGUGUCAGCUGCGUCUCUCCCUCUCAGCAUGUCUGCCCCACACACUGCAAAUACAGCACGACAGAAAAACUAACAAGCUGGCAGAUCAGUGGGCACACUGAGCAUGCUCAGUAGCUUUUGCCUCAUAGUCGGUGAAAGUGAUGGUCCUUAUUUGACUGUGGAGUUGUUUACAGAUAAACUGCAGUGUCUGUAUCUCACACAGUGGAGGAACAUGUCAGUCUCGCUGAUGUCUCAAAAUACAGCAUAACAGCAGGAGAUGUGUGGCUAGAAGCUAGGUCUGGCUCUUGAUUAAAAGACACUACUGUAUUUCAUUUUUAUUUGAUUGUUUUGAUGUGGUUGAAAUGUUUCUUUAUCGGCUUCCAGGAAGUGGUCAGCCCAGGGAGCUGGACACUGACUAGUAAUGACUGGACACAAAAGAAAGGAUGUGCCUAUUAUAGUAUGAUAAAAGCUGUUAAUUAAGGCAACCUUUGCCGCUCUAGAUUCAAAAAGUACUGAAUGGCCUACUUAAGACUGUGUGGCGUGGUAGAGGAAUAGUUUAUCACACUGAACAGAAAUAUGAUUGUACAUGUGAUGUCAUGAUCUUGAUUUCAUCCAUUGUUGCUCCACCAGCUUCCUCUGAGCCAAAGUAUCAGAGUUAAAACAUCUGACCUACAUGUAUCAAAGUGAUAGAAAUAUUAAACAAAUCCUGUGCUUGAUUUUCAUGCCUGUCUUCCUGACAUACUGUUAAACCUACAAACAUACAAAUACUGGUUUUGUUCUUCCGAGGAAGUGUGGUUUUAAUUAUUUGACUGAUACAGUACUGUGACUUAUUACUAGUCUGAACGUUUCCAUGUGUUCUAUGUUAAAUAUAGUGUGAUACAUAAUGUGUAAUGUAUUAUGUAUGCUGGGCGUUCUGGAAGUUCUGGUAUGAUCCAUUUCUUUCAUUAAGUCAUUUGGAAAAGCUGCCAUUUCUGUUCCUGGCACAAAGUAUUGCUACAGAUUUCACUGAAGUGGAGGGGAUUCAGAAGGAAACAGUGUACCUUGACUUGGAUCUGACUUUAAAAACGUUUCCGUCAAUAAUUUGCAACAGCUCAUGAGCUUUGUGUGCAUCUAUUGGGUUGUUAUUUUCUUGUAUGGAAUAAACGCAACUUGUCUUUAACAUCA